CCCCGAAAUAUUUGUGAUUGGAAGAGUCAUUGGCCCUCCAAAAACGAGGACUGCGUCCACUACUCUCUCUCUUUCUCUCUCUCUCAGCACCAUUUUUAUAUACACAGACUUUUAGAGAGAGAGAGCGAAGAAAUUCAAACCGAAGAAGGAGCUCGAGAAAUCAGUUUCUUUCGAUUUGUUUACCAAGGAAGGCAAAAGGGUCGGUUCGAUUUUCCGAAUUUCACCUUUUAUUUUCUUUAAUCUGACUUGGCUUUUGUGGGUUCUUUAUGGAAUGGUCGUCUUCUUCAACUUAGAUCUCGGUAUUUAUCAAUACUUUAGAGCUUGGGGGUCUUCAGAUCUUCGAUUCGACGGUCGGAUUCCGAUCACUCAGCUCAAUAACUCAGAUUCUUUAUCAUCGCUGUAAUUGAGAAUUUGAUUGGUGGUAUUCUGGGACCAGAUCAUUACUAGACUAGAUAGUAUUGGUCAUUGCCUUGUGGUGGACACAAUUGACACCAUUUAUAUAUGUAGUGAUGCAUUUGUUCUAGAUGAAGACAGGUCAAAAGUGGCAAUUAGACAUGGGCGAUAUGAAAAUUCUGCCUGGUCCUCGACCUCGUACAACCAAGAGGCCGUUAUGGAUCAUUAUCUUGGUUUCAAUGGUCAGCGUGUUUCUAAUAUGUGCCUAUAUCUAUCCACCCAGUGGCACAGGUGCUUGUUACAUAUUUUCUUCUAAGGGCUGCAAGGUUAUUACGGAUUGGCUCCCACCUGCACCUGCAAGGGAAUAUAGUGAUGCUGAGAUUGCAUCACGCAUUGUUAUUAGAGAAAUUUUGAACACACCAUUUGUUACAUCAAAUACUCCUAAAAUUGCAUUUUUAUUCUUGACUCCUGGUUCCCUGCCUUUUGAGAAGCUAUGGGAUAAGUUUUUUCACGGCCAUGAAGGGAAAUUCUCUGUUUAUGUCCAUGCAUCUAAGGAAAAGCCAAUGCAUGUUAGCCGUUACUUCGCUGGUCGUGAAACUCAUAGCAAUGAGGUCAUUUGGGGUAAAAUUUCCAUGGUUGACGCAGAGAGACGAUUGUUAGCAAAUGCUCUCCAUGAUCCUGAUAAUCAGCACUUUGUUUUACUUUCUGAUAGUUGUGUACCGUUGCAUAAUUUUGAUUAUAUCUACCAGUAUUUGAUCAAUACGAAUAUCAGCUAUGUGGAUUGUUUUAACGAUCCUGGUCCACAUGGAAAUGGGAGAUAUUCAGAGCAUAUGUUACCUGAAAUUGAGAUGAAAGACUUCAGAAAAGGUGCUCAGUGGUUCUCGAUGAAGCGACAACACGCUUUGAUUGUUGUGGCGGACAAUCUUUACUAUUCAAAAUUUCGAGAUUAUUGCAAGCCAGGUCUGGAGGGGCACAAUUGCAUUGCAGAUGAGCAUUAUUUGCCCACCUUUUUCCAUAUGACAGACCCUGGAGGGAUUGCAAACUGGUCAAUUACUCACGUUGAUUGGUCUGAAAGAAAGUGGCAUCCAAAAUCGUACGGCGCUCAAGAUGUUACCUACGAACUUUUGCAAAAUAUCACAUCAAUCGAUGUUAGCGUGCACGUUACGAGUGACGAGAGGAAGGAAGUUCAAAGAUGGCCAUGUUUGUGGAAUGGUGUACAGAGGCCAUGUUACUUAUUUGCAAGGAAGUUCUAUCCUGAGGCUCUAAAUAACCUUCUGAAUCUCUUCUCCAACUACUCAUCCAUUUCAGCCUAAAAUUUUUGACCUGAUAUUCUUUGAUCAUAUCAGUUGUUGCUUCGAACACACCCAUCCGCUCUUACCACAAAAGCUUAAAAGUCGAGAAAUGCCACGUCUUGAAUGCUAAAACAGAGCAACCAUUGUUUGUUGACAUUGAAGAUAGGAGGGAGGGAAGGAGAGGGAAGCCAACUGAGUGGAGUUUGCUUCCUUAAGGAUAGUGAAUUGAUGUGAUUUUUUUCCUUUUAUUUAAUCCAUUUUGGGGCAUUUUGUGGGUCAUCACUUUGUAAAAGAUGACAGUGAAGUAGCAUAUAGGCAUUAUAGAAGUAGUAGCUACUUGAAUCUCAUGGUUAAUUAAAGCAAACAUUCUUGCCUCAUUUGCCUAUGCAAUGCCAUAUCAAAUUAACCCCUCCCCUUCCCAAAAAAA